AUGAGAAAGGCGCCACGCCUAACCAACUGGCACAAGAUGGCUCGCCUCGGCUUUGCUCAAAAGAAUGCGACCACGGAUUGGAAACAGGUGAUCUUCUCCUACGAGAAGAAGUUCAACCUCGACGGGCCCGAUGGAGCAAGAUGUUAUUGGCGUGAUCUGAGGAACGGGCCCGAUGGAGCAAGAUGUUAUUGGCGUGAUCUGAGGAAGGACCCAGUACAGUUCAGCAGGCGCAACUUCGGUAGCGGUUCGCUGAUGGUUUGGGGAGCGUACUGCUGGGAUAGCAAGCUGGAGCUCGGAUUUGUAUCCUGUCGAAUGGAUUCGCAAGAGUCCCAGCAGGUUUUGGAAUCCAAGUUAUUGCCGUUUUUGAGCCGCAGGCGACGGCAAAGGCUGGUCUUCCAGCAGGACAAUGCAAGUGUCCAUGGUAGCAGGUCAACAUCUGCAUGGUUUCAGCAACAGAAAGUUGAUGUUAUGGAGUGGCUUGCGUGCAGUCCUGGUCUUGACCCAAUGGGGAACCUUUGGGGAAUAAUUGUGCGACGUGUGUACGCGAACAGUAGGCAGUUUUCCACCAAUUGCGAUCAUGGAGGCGUGGAGAGACAUCGACCGCUCAGUCUUCAGGAACUUAACAAUGAGCAUGCCGCAUCGACUCAUGGAGCUCUCACUCAAACAGGGUGCACCAAUUCAUGA